AUGGCAGCACAAACUGGUCUUUUUGCUGAAGCAACUCGAAGAGCAGCUGAAGCUCGUUUCAAACAGCGAGACCUUGACGCUGAAGGUCAAGAGAUAGACGUCGAUGUAAGAGAAGAUGAAGAGCAAAGUAAAUUGAAUGAAUGCAUUGAUCUUCUUUUAGCUGCUGGAUAUUUUAGAGCCAGGAUUAAGGGAUUAACCCCUUUUGACAAGAUUGUUGGUGGAAUGACUUGGUGCAUUCAAACAUGUAAUUUUGAUGUUGAUGUGGAUCUAUUGUUUCAAGAGAACUCAACUAUUGGUCAAAAAAUAGCCUUGACGGAAAAGAUUGUAGCAGUUUUGCCAAGAAUGAAAUGUCCACAUCGUCUUGAGCCUCACCAGAUUCAAGGUCUGGAUUUCAUCCAUAUAUAUCCAGUCAUACAGUGGUUAGUGAAACGAGCUAUUGAGACUAAAGAUGAGAUGGGAGACUAUAUUAGAUCUUUUUCUGAAUCACAGUUUAGCAAAUAUCACACCACUCCGAAAGACAAAGAAUUCACUGACAAUAAAGAUACAUCAAUGACUUCUAUUGAUGAAGUUAAAUCUAUUUAUAAACCACAACGUCGAUAUCGUAAACCUGUAGCUACCAAGUUAGCUGAUGAAGAAAUACAAAUACACUCUACCCUAUUAGAAUAUGGCAGGCGAUAUGGCAUGGGCAGGUCCAUUCCACAACAAAAACCUGACUCCCAAGAUAGCAAACGAAAGUCUGUAUCUGCAGCUUUGGGUGGAGAUGAUGAUGCUGAAGGUAGUGAUCGUCAAAGAGAAGAGGAAGAAAAACGAAUUAAAGCUCUUAUGAAAGGAAUGGCUACUGCUGGCAUUGAUGAUAUGCUUAGUAGUGCUGCCGUAGGUUCUAUUGUGGGAAUACAAUCAGAUGAAAUACUUCAAGUUGCUUCAGAGUAUGAAGUCAAACGUGCUGGACUAGAGUCUACUCAACCUUCUGACAAAGUGAUGGGUGCUCAAUCUCACUUGAGAAUGGUCACUGCAUUACACAAACAGAUAGCAUUGUUAGAGAAAAAAUGUCAAGAUGCUCAGGGUCGACAUGAUGAGUUGUAUUCACAGUAUACUGAAACUCAACAACAACUUGAAGAGGUUGAACAAUAUAGUCAGAAAAUUGCAAGUGAAAUGGACAAACUUAAUGCCAUGGAAACUGACGAGAAUAGAGAAGUUCUACAAGAGUUAAGAUCUUUAGUUGCUAUGAAUGAAAACCUCAAGAAACAGGAAACACAGUUUAAAGCUCAUUGCAAGGAAGAGAAAGCUCGUCUUGAUGAACUCAUUGCACAACUUAAAAUUGGAGGAGAGGAUAGUGAGGAAUUGGAGAGAAUACAGGCUAUUAAAGGUCAUCUCAAUGCUGAUCAAGAAAAAUUACUUAAAAUUAAAACAUUGUUGGCUCGUAAAAAUCGUGAAAUUGCUCACCUUCAACGAAAAAUUGAUGAAGUUCCAUCACGAGCUGAACUCACACAAUAUCAAAGACGUUUUAUUGAACUAUAUACCCAGGUAUCAUCCAUGUUAACGGAGACUCGUCAGUAUUAUACUUUAUAUAACUCAUUGGAAGAUCAAAAGGCAUACACUGAAAAAGAAGUUGGUAUUCUGAGUUCUAUUCAUGAGAAAUUUGACCUAGCUAUGAGUUCAGACAAAAAUAAAGAUCUAUUCCUUCGACAAGUCCAACAAAUUCUUGAUGGUAUUAAAGAAGAUCGUAACCAACUAGAACAGCGAUGUUUUGAUGAGAGGAAAGAAAGAGAUAAAUUGAACACAACUUACUUAGAGCUCAUUGAUAAACAAAGAACUUACUACAAAACAGUCAAGGACUUCCAAGAGGAAUGUCGCAAGAAUGAGCUACUACUUUCCAAACUAAAGGCAAAGAAUCGUUGA